AUGGAUGCUUCCGUACAAGGAACGCAGCGCACAGUGGACCGAGUGGUUGGCGAACUAGGCCGGGUCCAGGAUUUGGGAGACUCGCUUCGGAAUGAUUUGGAGAAGCGGCUCUCGCAGCAGAGCAAGAUGUUGAACGUCUUCAAAACGGACCUGGAGGUGAAGCUGGUAAGUCUCGAAAAUCGCUACGACAAGCUGAGUGACGACCUGUGGGGUGAAGAGACAGGCCUAGCGAAGGUCAUGCACGACCUCUCCCACACAAAUGAGGUGGUCACCAGCAUGAGCACGGAGUUUGCCUCCAUGAAGCACGACAAGGCAAGCAUUGCCCAGCUGCAGAUGGUCCAGGAGGAGGUCAACAACUUCACCCUGGAGACCAACAACAACGUGACGGCGUUGCAGCAGACCGUUGAUCGGAUGAUGGCGGACAUGAAGGCCCAUUUUCAAACAGCCACCAACACCGUGGCGGCGCACAAUGCUGCGAUGCUACAGGAGGUGCGAACGGCGUACCAGGAAGAGCUGCACGAAGCAGCUCAGGUGCGCAAGAAGGUCGACGAAUUCAUGCAGUCCGAGCGUGAGUAUCGCCGAGCCUUGGAGGAUAGCAUCUGCAAGUCCCAGGCUCAGACGGAGGACUUGGUGCGCCAGGUGACAUCAGAGGUCGAAGAGGUAGGGAAGCUUCGGCGACGAGAUCGCAACAGCCAGGAGGUCGAGAUCAAAGCAGUGGCUAAGCAGCUCUCGACAGUGCAGGACUCCUCGCAGCACGUUGCACAAAGUCUCGAGCACCUGAGUGCUGUCAUCUGGACCAUGGUGCAGUGUGAGCGGGCGGCUUCUGCGUUAGACCUUCAAGACGACCAAGACAGAUCAAAGAUUGCUCUGAUGGGCUACAAGGAAGAGCAGUCUGGUGAGAGGCCUCGAGGAGGAAGCAGAACCCGAAGCAUCAAGGGUCGGGCUUCUUCGCCGUCGGCAAGCGAGGCAGAUGGUCAAACCAUCAUAAACGUGGACGAGCGCUGUCUCAGCUGCUGCGGCAAAGCGCAGACGGUUCUUUCAGGUUUCAAGAUGGCAUGCUUGCAGUACUCUCCAGCUCCAGUUGUGUUCUCGCGAAAAACCUACAACAGGUCUGACUUGUUGGGCCUUCGUGAGAAGCUAUUGUCACAGGUACACGAGGCGCUGCAACAUGGGCCCGUGGAGUUCGACAAGGCUGAAAUCUUCGGAGCAACGACCAACACCACUAUCUCCUCAGGCGCAAUCGUCGACUCCCUCACAGGUCAGGAUGGUCGCCUGAGCAAAGGCUCUCGCUCCAGCCCGCUCUCCAUGCCCCCGAUUCAGUCGGCGCGGUCAACGCCCAUUCGUGCGGCGUGA